UCUUUCUUUUUGGAAUUGUGAGUUUUCAAAUACAGGGGCAAAAAAGGAAUUCGAAUUUCCCUUCAACUUCAAAAACUACAAAAACAACCGUAAAACCCGCGACGGUUGGCCGAGAGGAAACUAACGAACACUUGACCGUUUCAGAAACAUUAACAUAAUUUUGGCGCCAACAAUUAUUAAAUAGGCCCUUCACACAACCGUUAGUUCUUGUUCUUCAGACUCAACACAAAGAACCAACAGUGAUCGAUUCAAUUACUUUCUGCUUUCUCAAUGGGUGACCAAUCGAUGGAUCCAAACACCAUGUGGAGAUUACAAACCGAUUGGUACUCUCCAACUCGCCUCCUCAGCGGCAGUCCCGUUCAAUAUGAUUUCCCGGGAGAUCGGUUUAUACCCAAUAGGAGUUUGAUGGAUCUUGAUCAAGCCCACACUUUGCUUACAAGCUGGACUAAAGAAACCAGCAAUUCUAAAUUCAAUCACGAAUACCGACAGAAGGUGGAGGAGAAUCUGAAUUUGGAUUCUGAAGGAAGACCAUUCAAGAUGCUGGUUUUCAGGGGUAGCCCAAAAUCAAGUAGAAAAUCGCUUCGUCUUGUUGAUGAGAUGCGGCGUAGUGAAGAGGAGGCUUUUAAUCAUACCAAUAAUACGAAGCAAUACCGAAACUUCCCCAAGAAAGAAGCCCGAAUCCUGGAUGCGCCGCGUUUAAAGGAUGAUUACUAUUUGAACAUCAUGGAUUGGGGAAAAAACAACAUUCUUGCUAUUGCUUUAGGAUCAGAGGUAUACAUGUGGAAUGCUGAGAACAGUAACACUCAAAAGCUGUUUCAAGUAGAUCGUGGCAACGAUUACCCUUCAAGUGUAGCCUGGUCUGAUGAUGCCAAGGCAGUCGCGGUUGGACAUAUGUGCUCAGAGAUUCAUCUCUGGGAUGCCGAGGCUCUCAAACCUGUUAGAAUCCUAGAAGGUCAUCAGAAAAAGGUAGGCACUUUAGCAUGGAAUGGCCACAUACUAACAUCAGGGAGCCAAGACAGAUCCAUUAUCAAUCAUGAUGUUAGAGUGAGGAACAGUAUGAUUUGUCGUGUACAAACGCAUGCCCAUCAAGUAUGCGGAUUGAAGUGGUCGAACAGAGGCAAUCUAUUGGCAAGUGGUGGCAAUGACAAUAUGAUUUACAUUUGGGAAGCUUCAAAGAUGAGUUCAUCCCAUUUCUUGCAUAGGUUGGAUGAGCAUAAUGGAGCUGUCAAGGCCCUUGCUUGGUGCCCAUAUGACUCACAUGUGCUAGCCUCUGGUGGAGGUACAAUGGAUGGGUGUAUUAAGUUAUGGAGCAUACAAAAUGGGUUGUGCAUUAACAGCAUUGAUACUCAAGCACAGGUUUGUGGCUUGGAAUGGAACAGGCAUCACAAGGAGAUACUGAGUGGCCACGGUUACAGUGCAAGCGAGUGCAAAAACCAGCUGUGCUUGUGGAGGUACCCUUCCAUGUCUACAGUAGGCAGGUCAACAUGCCACUCAUCCAGAGUCCUCCACCUUUCUCAGAGCCCGGAUGGAUUGAAUGUGAUAUCAGCGGUGGCAGAUGAGACGCUGCGCUUGUGGGAGAUUUUUGGACCGCCACAGCCAGACAAAAAGGUUUCUCAAUUGGAUGGCUUGUUGUCGCUCAAGACAUCCCCAAUAAGAUAGAUGAGAUGAUAGGGAAUUGGAAUGUUUGGUAUGCUGUGUUUACAAUCAAUGUUGGAAAAAUGUCUAAUGAUGCAAUUUUUUGAAGAUUGGGAAUCAGUAGUCUUGAGGAGUAAUUCUCUG